CGAUGGGACAAUAUUCAAGUUGGAAAUGGGCCGCCCUAGACUCCAAGAAGGAGCAAUACCCUCAAUCUUUCCAAAUCUGCCUUCAUAUUUAUCCAAACCGUCACGUAAAAGAAAAGCACCUGCUGCAAGAAAUGUGCCUGUGAAUAAAAAGAAUGCUCCAUUGGUUGCAGAUAAUGUUGCCGCUACUAAAAAGGAUUUUACAUUUCCACUGUUGACUGAAAGUCUGCAGAAGAUUUCCAAACCGCAUUGUUUGUGGACUGUAAAUUCUGUAGUUGAAUUCAUUGUAUGUGCUCGAUGGGCAACUAAUUACAUGUGUGAAAAAAGGGUUAUAAUUGAUAAAGAUAUGACUGUAAAGAUUUCUACGUUAUCUUUUCUGAAUUUUUGAGCUAUGAAUAGAUGUUUUUUUUUUUUUUUUUUUUUUUUUAAUUAAGGAAAUUGUCAGAGAUGAUACUUGUCUGUAGUGUCUUAGAAGGAUUAUUUUUCAAUCAAAAACAUGUUCUGAGAGACAUAACAUGAAAUUAUGUCUCAAUGGAAAUGGAUUAGGCAUAUUUCAUUGUCAUUGGUUUCAUGCCUUAGGAAAGAAACCAACAAGUGUCUGGUUAAGAAGCACAUGGCAGAGGAACCAAUUAUUAUGACUGACAAAUGGCAGGCAUAUUCCAUAGGCAGGCAUGGGUAUUAUGUGCAUAAGAUUGUUAAUUAUCUCGCAAAUUUUGUUAAGUUGCAACUGAUGCACUUAGUCUAUAAAAUCCUGCUGCCUCUGAAAUUAUGAGUACAAAAUUGUGGUCUUGAAAAGUAGAAUUAGCUAAUCACCUACUGAAUACCUGUUUCGACAUGAAGUUAAGUGUAAUGGCCAAGAUCCAUUGAUUAAAUCGCUAUUAAAAAUUUUCUCCUCGUAGGGUAAUAUGCAUCUGUCAAUUUCCUCGUAAGGUAAUAUGCAUCUGUCAAUUUCUUCCUAGGGUAAUAUGCACUGUGAUCCAAUAAAAUAUUGAUCUUGCAUUUCUAAUUCAUUGGUCAGUGUGUGUAAUACCUUAUAAGCAAUGAUAUUAAUUGUAUAUUAUUUUAUAGAUAAUAUUUCUUGCUUUCUCAUUGUUUUGAUUUAAUAAUGGUAUUUUGUUCCCAUGUCUAAAUAAUUGGGUGCUAACUGGUCCAAUUUUAAUUUUUCAGCCAGUGUAUAUUGUUUGUC